CUUAGCUUAGCUUUUCCCACUAGCUAGCUAGCUCUGGAUCCUCAAUCUCCCGGGCAGGGCAACGAAGUUAAAAAGCCUAAGGCUCCCUAACGUGUUGUUUCCUAUGUCCAAAUCUACUUUCCGUAGCCGUAACAACGGGGAAGCUUAAAGGGCCCGAAAGGAAUAUAAUAUUAUCCCUUAGCUUUGUAGCUCUAGCUUGAUCCAGGCCGGCCACUUCCUCUUGCAUCAUCGAAUUUUUCCACCAUCCAAGCACCCCUUUGGCUCUUUGGUCUUUACAUACCUUCCAUUCCAACCGGGUAUGUUACAUACAUAUACAAUAUACAUAUACAUAUACAUAUAUAUAUAUAUAUAUAUAUAUAUAUAUAUAUAUAUAUAUGAAUGAUCAGGUCCAUCCGGAGGGACGAGAAGUGCCGUCCGAACUUUACUGUUUGGGGUGGUUCCCGGUGGAAUUUUUUGAUGAAAUUUUUUGAGCAUGUUCCUCAUCAAGUCUAGUUUAUCUAUACCAAAUUUCAGCUCAAAAUUCAACCGGGAAGGCAGUCAAAUAAAUUCUUGAAACAUACUGCACAUUCUGCGCACAUAUAAUGUGCAGUAAGUUUCAAGAAAUUAUUUGAAUGCCUUCUCGAUCGAAUUUUGAGCUGAAAUUUGGUAUGGAUAAACUAGACUUGAUGAGGAACAUGCUCAAAAAAUUUCAUCAAAAAAUUCCACCGGGAACCGUCUCAAACAGUAAAGUUCGGACGGAGCCUCUCGUCCCUCCGGAUGGACCUGAGCAUUUCUGUGUGUGUGUGUGUGUAUAUAUAUAUAUAUAUGGGAACUCUUCUGGUAAGCUAAGGUAUACCUUACCGGGAGAUUUUCCUAUAUAUAUAUAUAUAUAUAUAUAUAUAUGCACAUAUGAGUCUUCUUCAAAUAAGAGCGGCAAAGAAUUUAUAGUCCACACAUUUUUACAAAGUGCUUUCACCCAAACACUUGAAUGUCCGCUCUGAAAAAGCAAAAAACAAUUAUAAAUGGGAUGGAAACAUCACCUUAAUCAUACUCCGUUUACUCCGAAUUCCAACAGCGCAGAAGCUAUGGGGUGUGUAGUGCAGUGGAGGUUUGUUCUCGACAUGUUAGUUGUCCUGCUAUUCUUCUUGCCGCCGCCGCCGGCUCUGGCGGCGGCUGACGCUGAGCAGAGGAUGGAAGCAGGGGUACAUUUGGACAUACAGGAAAAACACGCAGUGAUGAGCAACGACAUUCUGAGUGUGACUCUGUCAAUUCCAGAUGGUCUUGUGACGGGAAUUUCGUACCAAGGCGUUCCCAAUUUGCUGGAAACGAAGAACGCAGAAAACGACAGAGGGUACUGGGAUGCCAUUUGGCAUGGCGCAGGAAACGAGGGAGAACAGGACAAGUUGCUAGGCACCAGUUUCAAAAUAAUCUCAAAUAGUGAAAAUGCAGUAGAGAUUUCAUUUACAAGAGCGUGGGAUGCCUCUGGGAUUAAUGGAGCUCCCGUAAAUAUUGACAGAAGAUUUGUGAUGCUGUCUUAUUCUCCUGGUUUCUACACAUACUCCAUUCUUGAACGUUUACAAGGAUAUCCAAGCGUGCGUAUGGAAGUAAACAGGGUUGUAUUCAAACUGCGACAGGACAUGUUUCAUUACAUGGCUGUUUCGGAUGACAGGAAGAGGUUCAUGCCAACCCCUGAGGACCGGCUGACCGGCGAGACGCUUGAUUAUCCAGAGGCAGUUCUCUUGAAACACCCAAGCUCUCCAUCUCUUAGAGGAGAGGUAGAUGAUAAGUACUUUUACUCUAGCGACAGCAAAGACAUUAAGGUUCAUGGAUGGGUAUGCACCGCUCCCCCGGUAGGAUUUUGGAUGAUCACUCCAAGCAAUGAGUUCCGCACUGGUGGACCUUUCAAGCAAGAGCUAACUUCCCAUGUCGGCCCUACCACGCUUUCUACAUUUGUUAGUAGGCAUUAUGCUGGGGAGGAUCUUGAUGUCAACUUUCAAGAUGGAAACCCAUGGAAAAAGGUUUUAGGCCCCGUAUUUUUAUAUCUCAACUCAGACACGGCUGCGGAGAGUGACCCUUCUAUACUCUGGCAAGACGCAAAGGGAAAGUUGGAUCAAGAAGUUGCAAGCUGGCCAUAUGAUUUCAUUGCUUCAGUAGACUAUGAGAAGUCUGAUGAAAGAGGAAUCGUUCGAGGUAGAUUAUUCAUUCAUGACUGGUUCAUUGAUAAACGGCCUGUUCCAGCAUCUUUUGCAUAUGUGGGACUGGCAGCGCUAGGUGCUGCAGGAUCAUGGCAAAGAGAAAACAAGGGGUACCAAUUCUGGACCCAAGCUGACAACGAUGGGAACUUCUUUAUUAAAAGUGUAAGACAAGGUACUUAUAAUCUGUAUGCAACAGUCCCAGGAAGAAUCGGGGACUACAAAUACGAAUUUGACAUCAGCAUUAUACCAGGUUCCAGUGUGGAGUUGGGCAAAUUAGUGUACAAACCUCCCAGAAACGGAGCUACGCUUUGGGAAAUAGGUGUUGCUGACCGCACAGCAGCUGAGUUUUAUGUCCCAAAUCUUAGUCCAACUUUCAAAGUUAAUGAUUUUGAAGAUGAUGUACAGAACAAGUUUAGAGAAUAUGGCCUGUGGAAGCGCUAUACAGAUCUAUAUCCUUUCGAUGAUCUUGUCUACACUGUUGGAACCAGUGAUUACGCCACAAACUGGUUUUUUGCUCACGUUCCCAGAGACCUAGGAAACAGAACAUAUAGAGCAACCACUUGGAGAAUUGAAUUCGACCUGGAAAGUGUAGACAGAGCAUCAUAUUACACGCUCCAGCUGGCACUGGCGUCCGCCGAAGAAGCAGAACUACAGGUGCGUGUCAAUGAUGGAGAGGUGCAACCCCCACAUUUUACAACUGGGCUCAUUGGUGGCGACAAUGCCAUAGCAAGACAUGGGAUUCAUGGGCUGUAUUGGCUCUUCAGUUUUAGAAUAGCGGGAACAGGGCUUGUUCAAGGCAGGAACAUCAUCUUUCUUACACAGACAGGAGUCUCCAGCCCUUGGACAGGUGUCAUGUAUGACUAUAUUAGGUUAGAAGGCCCUGAUGACUUUAGGAAUACUGCAGAUACUUGUAAUUCUCUUCUUCCCUCUUCUUUCUCUCUCUCUAUCUCCUUGUUUCUUUUUCUUUUGUUUUCUUAGUAAUAUUUUUCACUUGCAUUGUGUAGUGCUUUUAAAUGAAAAUGCAAAAAGAAAUACAAAAUCUACUCCCUAUACUUAUGGGCAAAAGAAUAAAAAAUAUAUUUUAAUCGGGAGCGCAUUCAAAUUAAUUCGAGAACGGAAAAAUGAGCAG